AACGUUUGAGUUACAUUAACGCAGGGCGUUUUUAAAUGAUUAUUCGUAUUAGUGAAUAAAUAACAAAAAUGGGCAACAAUUGUUGCUCAAAAGAAACUGGUCCGGAUUUUCCCAGACCGUCGGAAGUGGAAAUCAGAAAUAACGGCGGGGGUUCGGAUAGGGUUGAUUCGGUGAUACGGUACGAUGAACAAAUUAUCGAUUCAAUGAAAAAGGAGUAUAGGGAUAUACCAGAUGUUUUUCUAUUAAAUAAUUUACUCAUGACAGUGCAAUUUUUUGAAAAUUACCGAAGAGAUGUUCAAAGAUCUACUGGUACAAAUAACAAACUGGAGAAAGACCUAAACAAAAACCUACUUCAAAACGAGUCCAUGGAGUGUAUUUGCCCCGAUUCAUUGUUUGAAACCGUAAACAACAACAUGAAAUACAGACCUUUACAUGGUAUUGAGAAACAUUCCGCCAAGAAUCUUUUACCAAGACGGUUGUUCAUUGUUAGUGACGCGGUGGAAGUUAUCAGCAGCAUGGAUGUUCCUCAAUACACGUCUAUUGAUAAACCAGCUUAUCAAGUAAGAAUAGAAGAGUCUAGCCGGAAAGGUUUUAUUAGAUUAAAACAGAUCGAUAACAGCAAAAUUCUCAAUCUAUAUUCUUCAGUACCCGAAUUGGUGACAGCUAAUACUUCGACUAAUAUUGAUUCAAUUGAGUAUGCAUAUAAUACGAUAACUGAUCUGAAUACACCAAAACCUUUAGAGAAAGUAGUUUCGUCAGAAAGAAGAGACACCUUACCAAGCAGUUGCUUUAGAUCAAAGCGAGUUAGAAAGCCCGAUCAUGAAUUACAGGAUCUCCAAGACCAGCAAGAUGAAGGACUUGAAAUAACAGAAGAUGAUUUAUUCGAUACUGUUAUCUAUGUGGAUGCCAAAGGCUUUAUGAACUAUUUCAAGGAUGCACUAUUUCCAAAUUCGCUUGGGCGAUCUCUUGGAUUCGAUCAACACGAAAUAGAUUUAGCUAGAUCUAUACCAGGAACAAUAUUUUGUAAUUUUACGGAUGAGGAAGAUAAUCCCAUUUCCUGUGAGGUUAUUCCAUCAGUAUCUAUACCCUGGCCCGCAGAACAGACAAUUGAAUUCAUAAUGCGAGAAGAUCGCCCGACAAUAACAGAUACAUCAACAGGAUAUCGCUACAAGUGGCCUACAGAUGACAUGAUCAAAGAAAUCUGUACGUUUAAUUGUGUUGCUGUUCCAAAAGGUUACUGGAAGAAGAGGGGACAGUAUUCUGAAGCUACUCUGGAAUGGGAAAUUGCAUUUCCUAAAGCUGAAAGGUACAUAGAAGCUCGAAUGUCUAAUGCUCAAAUGAGGUGUUUCUUAUUUUUGCUUGUCAUCCACAAACACUACAUAGAGCCAGUGACACAACGGAAUGGGCUACUAGUCGAACACAUACGAUGCCACAUGUAUUGGGAAUGUGAAGCUAAUUCCAAAGACUGGCCUGAACAUAAAUUGGGUACCAAAAUAUUAAAAGUUAUAUCAAAUUUUUAUAAGCGACUAUCUACUAGCGAAUUACCAGACUUUUUCAUUAAACAGAGAAACCAUUUUAGAAAUGUACCAAGAAAGUAUUUAUUAUUUGCUCAGAAGAUCUUCAAUGAACUUAUGCAGUCACCCAUUGUAUAUUUUCUUAGAGCUUUAAGAUGUUUAAGAUAUUCCACUGGGAAAUUCUAUCCUCCAUUCGAAUACAAAAAAUUCUACAAUAUGUUAACGCAACAGCAAGGAUACAAACUUGUUAACCCAAAUAUCAUAGAGAGACCACCCAACGCAAGAAGAAAGGUCUAUGAAGAUGCUGAUGUACAAUGGAGGCAUUUAGUUGAAAUGAGAAGAAGAAACCAAAUUUUAGAAAAGAGGGAAAAAGAGAAAGCAAAACAAGAGGAAGAUACAAAGUCAGUAGACUCUAUUGAUUUGGAAUGGACAUGUGAAAAACAAUUCGAUAUAUUUAAAACCAAGGCAAUAUUAACCCAAUUUAUAACGAUAUAUAUCGACAUAGCCGAAGAUAGUUAUAAAUUUGGACUCCCAUUGCAGCCUUUAUUUUAUCUAAAACAAGCUUUCUACUUGACGCGAAUGCUAGAAAGCACGUCAUCUGCUUUUAUUGAAGAAGCUCGAGAAUUUAAAUUCCAAAUUGAGACAGCAGAAAAUAUAUACAAGCGGUCACUGGUGAAGUCCAUGAAUGAUGUGCCUCCUGCCACUCCAGUCAGAAACUCCAUACAGUUCGACUACCAGUUAUCGCAACAACUUAAAAGUAAUGUGAACUUAAAUCUGAACAAUCUUUUUAAUUCCUAUAACUCUGCAGCUGCUCAAGUUGGAACUAGCUCUUCUUUCAACAAGCGAUCUCCCGUUGUAAAAAUAAAAAGAAAGCCUAGUGAUACACUCGCCAUGGCACAAAGAAAGAGUGUACCAAGUGGUGUACCAAGAAAAAGUGUUAUGUUCGUCGAACCUGAAUGACCUGAAAUUGGUACUUAAAUAGUGAUAAUAAUGAUAAUGUAUUUAUUUAUAGUUUAUUAAAAAUGUAUACUAC